AUGUCGAGGCAGGCGAAUCGUGGCACCGAGAGCAAGAAAAUGGUAACCCGGCGUGCGCGCCCUCGGCGGGUGGGACGGCACUGGGACGCGCUGGGGCGGGAGGGCCGCUGGAAUAGCCGAGCCCCCUACCCCCUUCCAAGAAUGAGAGGCCCGGCCGAGUGCUGGACCAACAACGACGACGGUGCUAAUAACAGGAGGUGCCACGACUUUCGGGAAACUGCAGAUGUUAUCGCCAAGGUGGCGUUUAAGAUGUACCUGGGCAUCACUCCCAGCAUCACCAAUUGGAGCCCAGCGGGUGACGAAUUCUCCCUCAUUUUGGAAAAUAACCCCUUGGUGGACUUUGUGGAACUUCCUGAUAACCACUCAUCCCUGAUUUAUUCCAAUCUCUUGUGUGGGGUGUUGCGGGGAGCCCUGGAGAUGGUCCAGAUGGCUGUAGAAGCCAAGUUUGUCCAGGACACCCUGAAAGGAGACGGCGUGACAGAAAUCCGGAUGCGAUUCAUCAGGCGAAUUGAGGAUAAUCUCCCCGCUGGAGAGGAGUGACCAGCCCUGGGACUUGGAGGUGGCCAGCAGGAGCCCUGUGGGGAUCAGGGAGCCUCAGUGCUCCUUCGGCCUCCAGAACUCAGUGACUCCUUGACAUGGGUGUUGUCUAUUCUUCUAACCUUGUUUCCAUUCUCCGUGCUAAUAAAGGCAGACUGGGAUAGAGCCGUGUGCUCCCCGAGCGUGCGCACUCCAAUGGAAAGUCCUCUCCCUUCCCCCUCCAGAGGGCUGGAUGUCUCAUCCCUGGUUGCACUAGAAAGUGUUCAAGCCAUUUUACAUUCCGGAUGGAAUUUUUCCAAAGCAAAACCCACGCUGACCCCAUGAAGGAGGCCCGGCACACAGACCCUGGGGCCUCCACAAAGCCAUUGGCAAAUGACUAGGGAACCCAGGGGUAUGAGAUGCGGGGAGGAGAGGCUUAGGGUGGGGUGGGAGGAACCACUCGCUGUGGGGUGACACACUGUGGGUCUUGCCAGGAGAGGGGAGCCAGUUGUGCCCCAGGCCGCAUUCCUUCCUGCUGUUUGGAGGGAACAUCUCAUUAUACAGAGGGGCCAUCCUGUUUUUCUUAGAGAUUCUUCAAUAAAGAUCUUCUUGAGUGGAAUCCCAA